AUGGCUGGGCGAGUGUCCAGUAAGGAGCGCGAGACGAGCUCGCCGAGAAAUGCCGAUAACCUAUCACGCCAAAUCACGUCAACAUCCACGUCCGAGUCAAAUAACGACGUGGCUCAAGAGAAGCUAGCGAUAGAGGAACGGUUGGCUGCUAAAAUGUUUUCCUACGAAAUUAUUUGUUUUCUCUUUGCGAUUACUUUUACCGCUAUGGCUGCUCUGCACAGUUCGCCACCCAAACUUUCCAAGCCUCCCAUAGCGAAACCUUUUUUUGAUCAAAACUCGGUGAUACUGGACUUCUAUAAAGGUCAUCUAGAUGCAAUGAUCGAGAGGCUAACGCAAGCAGAUUUUAGCUUUAUUAUGUAUUACGCACCCUGGGAUGCAGAAAGUCAGGCUCUUCGGCACGAAUUUGAAAGUGUUGCUCGGUUUUAUCAUCCACAGAUAUUUUUUGCAGCCAUUAAUUGUUGGCAUCCUGAUUCAGAGUGCAGAGCGCAGUAUAAUAAAAUCCAUGGUUAUCCAGUGUUGAUGUUGUAUCCAUCCAGAAAUUCUGGUAUUAAUUAUAGAGGAAUUCGUACGGCACCAUAUAUGAUUCGUUUUCUGGAUGCAUUUAUGAAUCCUAUUAUUAGGAUAACACAUAAAGAACAAUUAAUGGAAUUGUUGGUUGCCUAUGAUGCAGUCGUUGUUGGAUAUUUUAAUUUUACACGAUUGGAUAGAACUCCUGGAUAUAGAGAAUUUUAUAAGGCCGCGACACGAUCGUUAGAAAGAGAUCCUAAUAGAGAAUUAGUAUUUGCUAUAGUGACUAGUGCAUUAUGCAGCAAAUUGCAUUACGGAGUCCACAAGUUUCCAUCAGCAAGUUUGCUCAUGUGGAAUGAAUCUUUAAGUUAUCCGGAAGGCAAUGAGUGGACUUCCGAGAACAUCCUAAAUUGGAUCAGCAAUUCUAUUCAUCAACCAUCUCUCUGGCUGCAGCCUCCUGGAAUUAAAGCGCUCACUCUCGCGCCCUAUCUCCGCGAAGGACCAGUUUUAUUUCUCUUUACACCACGAAAUCCACUUCAUAUGGAAAAUUAUAUUUACAAUUUGAUAAGAGAGAUCGGUUUACAGUAUUAUAACUGUGCAGAUAGUAUGUUAGUGAAGGAUAUAAUUGCACGUCUAGAAGCAAAACGACGUACGGCAGUGAUUCGACACUUUUCUAGAAAUCAAGAAUGCGCUGAUCUAAAAAAAAACAGAAUCUAUACUAAGCAAAUAAAGGAAUCAGUUGCUAGCAUAUCAAUUCAGAAAUGGAUCAAUAAUAGUUGUUGUGCGAACGUGGCAAUGAAUAAAUGUCUCUUGUGCAAAACAAAGGUGAUGAAUCCAUUAAAGAAAGAAAUUUGUACAGUUAUUUCUAAAAAAUUUGAUGUCUGCAAAGAGACCGAUGUAUUUAUGACUCCUGCUACGAUUAAACAACAUGAAAAACAGAUAUAUAAUUAUAAUAAAAAUUAUGUGUCAAUAAAAUUACAAGAGUCAACAUCAAAAAGGCUGCAUGCAGGUAUAGAAUAUAAAUCAUCAUUAUUGAAGGAAGAUAAUGAUUCACGAUCCGCAAACAUGGUGAGAAGAGAUUUUUUAAAAGGUGAUUGCAGAAGAUGGUUAGCUGGGAAUGAUUAUCAUCCAUCAUUAUUCCCACGAGAUUCUCCGAGGCAAUUUAACUUUAGUUUAAAAGAAUCAGUCUGCAAAACCAACAAGACGUUAGCAUUAAUAGCUAUCGACAGUUUGCAUUAUUUCCAUUUUGCAGACCAUCUUGGGAUUGAUAUUUCGAAACGGAAAAAUAAAACCACUGUUGUCAUCAUGGACGCUGCAUUGGAGAGUCAAUACAUCAUGCAUCAUGAGUUUAGUGAGUACGCUCUCGUCGAUUUUAUAAACAAUUAUACACAAGGUUUGUUACAGCGAACAUUGCGUUCAGACAAUUCAAAGCGUUAUAGAACACAGAAAUUGCUUGAUGAAGUCAAUAGUAAUAAUGCAGAUUUGCGUUCAAAGAUUUGUGUACCAGAACUGACAACAAAAACAUUUUUGGAUGCUGUAUUGGAUCCAUCUAAGGACGUCGUUAUAAUGUAUCAUUCUCCUUACUGUGGAUUUUGUAGUGCUAUAUCGUAUGUAUAUUUAACAGUGGCAUAUUACUUAGCCAACAUGAAUCAUCUAACUUUUGUAAGAGUUGAUGGAGAUAACAAUGAUUUACCUUGGGAAUAUAGUAUGAAUCGUUUUCCAUCCAUUUUAUUCUUUCCUGCAAAAAGGAAGGAUGAUAGUACUGUAUUUCCAUUUUCUGUUCCUAUUACCAUUCCAAACUUACUGAACUUUGUGCUGGCGAACUUGGACGGUGAUUCCCACGUCGAAGCUCUGACCAAUAUCUGUCAGAUGGGAACUGGCGAAGCGCCGAAUAAGUGUAUCGCUAGAACUCGAAGACUGUGUUUAGAUAUUAUCGAGCAACUUCUACAGAAUUACAGAAAGUUAAGACGGCAUUUAAGCUUCCUAGAUAAGAAAAUCGCUCGCAAUAAACGUAAAAUCAUUUUAUUUAAAUUAGAACAUAUCAAGGAUAUUCAUCUUAUUUUGGGCUCUACUGUAGAUCUUAGUAAGGAUCGAAAAAAGGCGCAAUUGAUUAAGAGAAAGUUUUUUAAAUACUAUAGCACUAUUAGGUCGCUAAAAAUAGACGAGAAAAUAGAAAAACAAAGUUAUAAAUCUCAGGAUGUUGUACAUGUACCAACUGUUAAACGAGAGAGAAUAAGAAGCGAAUUGUGAUAUAGAUUCCGCCUUACAAUGCAAGAUAUAUCCAUGUGAAAGUAAAUAUUGAUAUCUUGAGGCACUUUCAGUUAAAAGAUUUAUGCCAAAUUGUAAAAAAUACAGUUUUUGAUAA